AUCUGCACAGAGCAGCUGCACACCGUCAGCCUCAGGAUGCACGUCUGGGCUCUACUCUGGACUCUCGUCUUACUGCUGAACGAGGCACAGUCGUGGAGCUUCAGAAAUGGAAUAUUUCAUAACUCAAUAUGGCUGGAACAAGCAGCUGGGGUUUACCAUCGGGAGUCACGCAAAGGGAGGUAUCAGCUGACAUACAAAGAGGCCAAGGCUGUCUGCAAGUACGAGGGAGGAACGCUGGCCACCUAUGAUCAACUGGAGGCAGCGCGACAAAUAGGUUUUCAUGUGUGUGCCGCCGGCUGGUUUGACAGAGGACGUGUCGGCUAUCCCAUCGUCAAGGCCGGGGCCAACUGCGGCUUUGGAAGAGUCGGCAUCGUUGACUACGGAUACAGGCUGAACAAGAGUGAGAAAUGGGAUGUUUACUGCUACAACCCAAACUCCAAAGAGUGUGGCGGCGUUCUGACUGAGCAGCAGAAAAUCAUUCAGUCGCCCGGUUUCCCUGACGAAUACCAGGACGAGCUGAUCUGCUACUGGCACAUCCGAGUGCGCCUGGGUCAGAGGAUUCGCCUCCACUUCCUGGAGCUGGACGUGGAGGAAGACACGUCCUGCCUGGCAGAUUACCUGGAGGUGUACGACAGCUACGACGAUGUGUCCGGCUUUGCUGGGAGAUUCUGUGGUGACAAUUUACCGAGUGACAUCAUCAGCACAGGAAACGUGAUGACCCUGAAGUUCCUCUCUGAUGCUUCAGUGACAGCUGGUGGAUUCCAGUUACAAUAUGUUGCUUUUGAUCCAUCGGCCAGCCCUCACAACCAUACCUACGACUUUCCCGCUGCUCCUCUUCACUGAUGUCUCUCUGUUGCUAUAUUUAUACUGAUGGUUACCUCUGAUGGAAUGAAGAAUUAGUCUUAUUGGUUUUUCUAAAUUAACAAUACUAUGAAAUAAACGUUCUUUGUUUAUUAAUACUACUACUUCCCACUUACUGGACUCAAGACAUACAAAAGAUUGUUUCUAAAGGAAGUCCUAAACGUUCAGCUAACUAAAGAUGAUACAUAUCAAAAAGACCAAGUGUCUAUCAGAAUACUGAUACAUUAUACCAAAAAUACAACAGAAAGAUGUGAAACAAAUUAAAGA